GUCGAGCUCGUGAAGAAAGACGAUUGAAAUUCUGGGUUUAAAGAAGAGCAAAGCAUAAGGUCAAGUUCAAUAAGACGUUAGAAGUGUGGUAAUAAAUAUAGAGCAAUUCCACUCACACACUUCAUAACAUUAUAUUAUAAAUUGACACUCAAAGUUCGAUUAAAGUCUCCUGUUCGCUGUUUUGUCAAGUGUCGUAACAUUAGAGGAAGCGCGAAGAGCGAAGAAAGCAAAUAAAUCACGAUCAAGGCUGUGCACUCACAUUUGUGCAUUACCUUAUCAUCUUGUUAGAUAAGCGCUUAAAUUUUUAUCAUUCGACACACAUUUGCUUCGCCAGCAUGACAAAUGUGAAUUUCUGGUGGGAGAAAAAGAGCGGCUCCAUCAGUAUCUUCGGCUGCCGAAUAAGAUUGCAAAAUUGUACGUUCCACUCCAUUCGCUCACGAUCAGUCGUAGUGAAUGGUUUUGCGUCUCGCCAGUGGCUGAAAUUGUGCAGAAAAAGUGAGAGUGUCUGAUCAAAAAUCCCAGAAAUUGAGAAAAGAUUUCAGAUAAAGUCACCUUGAUCACACAAAAUCUACUACGGCACAAUGGAAGUGGCUUUCACCAUUAAUGGAAAACCUUACCGAGUGGAAUCCGGGAAGCUUUCGCCCAAUACUUCGCUGAACACUUUCAUCCGGAGUCAUGCGGAUCUCACGGGAACGAAAUUCAUGUGCCUGGAAGGCGGCUGUGGAGCUUGCAUUGUGGCGCUGAAAGGAGUUCAUCCGGUGACUAAGAAUGAAGCCACGUGGGCGGUGAAUUCGUGCCUCUUCCCGGUCUUCUCCUGCCAUGGACUCGAGGUGACCACGGUCGAAGGCUUGGGCGACAAGAAGAAUGGCUAUCACGUGCUCCAGACGCGUCUGGCUAAGAAUCACGGCUCGCAGUGUGGGUACUGCACUCCUGGAAUGGUCAUGAACAUGUACAGUCUUCUGGAGAGCCGCGGCGGGAAGGUGACGAUGGAGGAGGUGGAGAAUUCCUUCGGUGGGAAUAUUUGCAGGUGCACAGGAUAUCGUCCGAUUCUGGACGCUUACAAGUCUCUGGCGGUGGACGCUGAUCCGGCACUGAUUGAGGCGUGCGGAGACAUCGAAGAUUUGCCCAAGAAGUGCCCGAAGACCGGAGAGAAUUGCGUUGGAAACUGCCACAAAACAGAAGCCAUCCAUUUGACUGUGGGCGAGGGCAAAGAGUGGCACAAGGUCUACUCCGUUGCGGACAUCCUGAAAGUUCUGGACGCUGUUGGGGAUCGAACUUACAUGCUGGUGGCAGGGAACACUGCUCAUGGCGUGUACAGGAGAUCCCAAGAUAUCGAGGUGUUCCUGGAUGUUAAUGCCGUGGAAGAGCUGCGAACUCACUCAAUUGGGCAGAAUGUGGACGUUGGUGCAAAUAUUCCUCUGACAGAAUUCAUGCAAGUCCUCACGGAGGCCUCGUCGAAGCCCGAAUUCAAGUACGCCGAUCAAAUGGUGAACCACAUCGAUCUUGUGGCCAAUGUUCCAGUGAGAAAUGUUGGCACUGUGGCAGGAAAUCUGACCAUCAAGCAUCAGCACAAUGAAUUCCCAUCGGACAUCUUUCUCCUUCUCGUGACUGUUGGCGCUAAAUUCACCAUCAAGGAUGUGAAAGGAAGCGAACAGGUCGUGGCAGCUGAAGAUUUCCUCGGAGUGGACAUGAAGAAGAAGAUUCUCACCAAGAUAUCUCUGCCUCCACUUUCCGCUGAUAAGUUUGAGCUACGCAGUUUCAAGAUCACUCCGAGAGCGCAGAAUGCCCACGCAUAUGUCAACGCUGGGUUCCUUUUUGAGUUUUCCGACGGCAGAGAUAAGAUUGUCUCAGCCAGAAUUUGCUACGGAGGAAUUAAUCCCAAGUUCAUUCGCGCCACAGCGGCAGAGAAGCUCCUGACGGGAUCAGAUGCUUUCAGCAAUGACACGCUGAAGAAAGUGAUUGAUUCCCUGAAGGAUGAGCUGAAAUGCGACUCUAUUAUGCCGGAUGCUUUGCCAGAAUAUCGCCAGAAACUGGCUAUUGGACUCUUCUACAAGGCCAUCCUCAGUCUGGCGCCCGCUUCGAAGGUGAAGAAGGAGUUUCAGAGCGGAGGAAGUCUCAUUGAGCGACCUCUCUCGAGUGGGAAGCAGACAUUUGACACCUACAAGGACAAUUGGCCACUCACGGAACCCGUGGAGAAACUGGAGGCAGCGAUUCAGUGCUCAGGAGAGAUUAAGUACACCAAUGACUUCACCAGGCUUCCUGGUGAACUUUGGGCGGCCUUUGUUCAUGCCACAGAAGUUCAGGCAGUCGUCAAGGAUGUUGAUCCUGCAGAUGCUCUGAAGAUUCCCGGAGUUGUUGCCUUCUUUGGGCCGAAAGACAUUCCAGGAAACAACAAUUUCUCCCCAAAAGCCCUCAUGGGAGACGUCGAGGAAAUCUUCUGCAGCGGAAAAAUCCUCUUCCACGGACAGCCAGUGGGAAUGAUCGUGGCUGAGCGAUUCGAUCUGGCCAAUGAGGCGGCCAAAUUGGUGAAAGUCACCUAUAAUCGUCCUGAGAGUUCAAGUACGCUUUCAUCACUGUAUCGCUUCCUUGUGGGCGAUUCAAAUCAUGCUACUGGUCCAAUUUAUCCUACAAUGCAGGAUGUUUUCGAGGCCAAGGACUUCUCGCGUGUGCACAAGAGUGCCACUUUCCAGAAGGCAGAAACACGCGGCAACGAGCAGACCCGGAAAAUCACUGGUCAUUUUGAGAUUGGUUCGCAAUAUCACUUCACAAUGGAGGCUCAGACCACUGUGGCGAUGCCCAAUGAGGAUGGAAUGGAUGUCUACUGCUCCACUCAGUGGAUGGAUCUUGUGCAGCUGGCCAUCUCGCAGAUGCUGAAUAUUCCGGAGAGCAGCAUCAAUAUGCAAGUGCGCAGACUGGGAGGCGGCUAUGGAUCGAAGAUUUCCAGAGCCACACUGAUUGCAUGCGGAGCUGCUCUGGCCUGUCAUCUGUUGAACAGACCCGUGAGAUUUGUCCUGUCCAUUGAGGCCAACAUGAAGGCCAUCGGGAAGAGAUAUGCGUGCAUGAAUGACUACGAGGUGGAAGUGGAUGAUCAUGGAAAGAUUCAGAAGCUCUCCAAUGAGUUCUGGCAUGACUACGGAUGCAGCUUGAACGAGGAAGUUGGAGGACAAGCGGCAGGAUUCUUCAAGAAUGGCUACGUUGACGAUCACUGGGAUGUGAAGUAUCACGCUGUGCAGACGGAAUCUCCCAGUCACACGUGGUGUCGCUCUCCAGGAACAACCGAGGGCAUUGCCAUGAUUGAGAACAUAAUGGAGCACAUCUCCAAGGACACAGGCGUGGAUCCUGUGGAAGUGAGGUUGGCCAACAUGCCAACAGACAGUCCUCUGCGAGGAAUCGUCAAGGACUUCAUCAAAUCCAGUGAGUAUUAUGAGAGGAAGAAGGAAAUUGAGAAUUUCAAUGCGGAAAAUCGCUGGAAGAAGCGAGGAAUCGCCAUUGUGCCCAUGAAGUACUUCCUGGAUUACUUCGGAGCCUAUCCAGCUUUCGUGGCGAUUUAUCACGGAGACGGAACUGUUGCCAUUUCCCACGGUGGCAUCGAGAUGGGCCAGGGAAUCAAUACAAAAGUUGCCCAGAUUGCUGCUCACAUUCUCGGUGUCCCUCUUGAGUCGGUCAAAGUGAAGCCUUCCAAUAAUCUUGUGGCAGCCAAUUCUUUGGUGUCCGGCGGCAGUCAGACCUCAGAAGCUGUCGGAUUUGCGGUGAAGAAAGCCUGUGAGAUACUCCUGGAGAGGAUUCGUCCGGUGAGGGAGAAGAAUAAGGAAGCUUCGUGGCAGGAACUUGUUGGCAAAUGCUUUGGCGAGAGCAUUGAUCUCACUGCGUCUUAUCUGUACAAGAAGGCCGACCUCACGAGCUACGACAUCUGGGGCGUGAGCUGUGCAGAGAUUGAGAUUGACACGCUGACUGGGAUGUUCCAACUGCGUCGUGUGGAUAUCCUGGAGGACACUGGCGAGAGUUUGAGUCCCAGAGUCGAUGUGGGACAGGUGGAGGGAGCUUUCGUGAUGGGCAUAGGCUAUUGGCUGCAUGAGAAGAUGAUCUUCAAUCGACAGAAUGCCGAGCUGCUGACCAAUCGCACCUGGACUUAUAAACCACCAGGUGCCAAGGACAUUCCUGUGGACUUCAGGAUCAGUUUCCUGAAGAAUGCAUCCAAUUCCGUUGGCGUCCUGAGGUCGAAAGCCACUGGCGAACCUGCACUCUGCAUGUCGAUUGUCGUGCUCUUUGCGUUGAGGAAUGCUUUGGAUGCUGUUCGGAAGGAUUCGGGUGCAGCUGAUGGAUCCUAUUACAGCAUGGGUGCUCCAACAACUGCGGAGAACAUCCUGCUCCUGGCUGGAAACAACGUUGACCAGUUCAGUCUUUGAGUUAUUCCAAGAAAAUACUUUUAUUUCUUCUCUAAUGGGUUUUUCUUCGAUAUGUUUAGAGGUGAGUUUCUUGCACAAUUUUUGUCAAAUACAUCUAAGAUUAGUAAGGUU